UUCAGUCUGGCUUCCGGUAUCAAGGGCAGAACUUCCGGGGCGGGCGGCCCAGGCAGAGGGAGGAGUGUCUGUCAGUUGGCGCGACCCGGAGGGCGGGCAGGCGCCUCGUGGGGGUGCGGACCCAGAGGGCCAGGGUCAUCGUGCAAAGCCACCGAGAUGUGCGCAUUCUCAGUUCCUGUCACAGAGUAAACACUCCUGAGGACCUGCCCCAUGGGCUUCAGAAUCAGAGAGAGCCUGCUUUUAAAUCUCAGAAAGGUUCCAGGAAGCAGGGUCAAGGCCAGGGAGACAAUGGUCUCAGUGACUAUGGCCACUUCUGAGUGGAUCCAGUUCUUCAAGGAGGCCGGCAUUCCCCCGGGACCUGCCGUCAAUUAUGCUGUGAUGUUUGUGGACAAUCGGAUCCAGAAGAGCAUGCUGCUAGAUCUUAAUAAAGAAAUCAUGAAUGAGCUGGGUGUGACCGUCGUGGGUGACAUCAUUGCCAUCCUCAAGCAUGCCAAGGUGGUGCACCGGCAGGACAUGUGCAAAGCGGCCACUGCAUCAGUGCCAUGCACCCCCAGCCCCCUCCAGGGCGAGCUUCGCCGUGGCGCUUCUAGUGCCGCUUCGCGAAUGAUCGCUAACAGCCUGAACCAUGACUCUCCACCCCACACUCCUGCAAGGCGGUCAGACAACAGCACCUCCAAGAUCUCAGUCACUGUGUCCAACAAGGUGGCAGUGAAGAAUGCCAAGGCUGCUGCUCUGGCCCACAGGGAGGAGGAAAGCCUGGUUGUUCCCACCAAGCGGCGGCGGGUCACAGCUGAGAUGGAGGGGAAGUACAUUAUCCACAUGCCCAAGGGGACCACUCCCCGCACCCGAAAGAUCCUGGAGCAGCAGCAGGCAGCGAAAGGUCUCCACAGAACAUCUGUGUUUGAUCGCCUUGGUGCUGAGACCAAAGCAGACACGACCACAGGGACUAAGCCCACAGGAGUUUUCAGCCGCUUAGGGGCCACCCCAGAGAUGGAUGAGGAGCUGGCCUGGGACAGUGACAAUGACAGCAGCAGUAGCUCUGUCCUGCAGUAUGCUGGGGUCCUGAAGAAACUAGGACGAGGCCCAACCAAGGCCAGUCCCCAGCCAGCACUGACUGUCAAAGCCAAGGCCACAAGCUCUGCAACCACACUGGCCUCCACUCCAAAGCUGCGGCGCCUGGCACUUCCUUCUCGCCCUGGGCCAGAGAAGAAGCCAGAGUCCCUGCCCAAAGUCAGCAUCCUUAAGAGAUUGGGCAAGGCUGCUGUUGUGUCCGAGGCACAGGACAGCCAGGUCACAAGCACCAAGACCCAGGCUGUCCUGGCAGCUGAAGUUGACUUUGAGACGGAGGCUACCCCACCACACACAUACCUACUAAGACUUAGACUUAAGUGUGUGAAUUCUAGGCGUAAGCCACCACAUUUCAUUAAAUGUUUUUUUAUUUGGAGGCUGUGAGUUUUUUAUUUUUAUUCCCCCCCCCCCACACACACACACCUCUCUGGGUGGGGGGUGCCAGGCCAAAGGACAAAUGUGUACUGCGUUAAUCAGUUCUCUUCCACCACGUGGGUCCUAGGCCUCAAACUUAGUUGGUCAAGUUUGCCGGCAAGGGCCUUUACCCACUGAGUCAUUUCUCUUGGCAAUUUUGAAAGGAAUUUAUUUACUUUUAAUUAUGUAUAUAUGUAUGUUUAUGUAUGAGAUUGCUUAUGUGAAUAUACUGUCUGCACAGGCCAGAAGACGGCUUCAGGUCCCUUGGAACCACAGUUACAGGCAGUCGUGAGCCACCCGACACGGGUGCUGGGUCCUCUACAAAAACACUCUUACCCACUGAACCAUCUCUGCAGUCCCUCUUUCUGCUGUUUUGUUUUGAUUGUUUUUAAGACAGGGUUUUCAAGAGCCUAGUUGGCCUCUGAGUUGCUAUGUAACUUCAUGAGUAAUGAUCCAGAACUAAUAGGAUGAAUAUAUGUUUUUGGGGUUUAUUAGGAUGACUUACAGGCUGUGGUCCAGCUAGCUCAGUAAUGGCUGUCAAGCAUCAGAAGGUCCAAGGCAAGGGUCAGAGAAGAAUCCCGCAGUUGUUCAGUCCACAAGGUUGGAAGCGUCAGCUGGUCUUCAGUAUACACUGGAAUCCCAAAGACGUCAGCUCUAACGACAGUGAAGGAAUGGACUUGCUAGGCAGAGUGAGAGCUUGCUUCUCCCAUGUCCUUUGUAAAGGAUGCCGGCAGAGGCUAUGGCCCAGAUUAAAGCUUCAUCUUCCUACCUCAAAAGAUCUAGUUUAAACAUUGGUCUUCCUACUUCAUAUGGUUUAAUUAAGAAAAAAAAGUUGGGGGGCUGGAGAGAUGGCUCAGUGGUUAAGAGCGCUGACUGCUCUUCCAGAGGUCCUGAGUUCAAAUCCCAGCAACCACAUGGUGGCUCACAACCAUCUGUAAAGAGAUCCGAUGCCCUCUUCUGGUGUGUCUGAAGACAGUGACAGUAUAGUCAUAUACAUAAAAUAAAUAAAUCUUUAAAAAAAGAAAAAGAAAUUCCUUGGCUGGGUAGUGGUGGAGCAUGCCUAUCUUCCCAGCCCUUAGGAGGCAGAGGCAGAAGGAUCUCUGUGAGUUUAAGACCAGCCUGGUCUGCAGAGUGAGUUCCAGGACAGCCAGCACUAUCCAGAGAAACCAUCUCGAAAAUCCAAAAAUGAAAAACACAACAAAAAAACCUCCCUCAUAGGCCUGUCUAGCCUCUGUUUGUUUUUCUUUUUUUCUUUUUUUCUUUUUUUUUUCUUUUUUUCGGAGCUGGGGACCGAACUCAGGGCCUUGUGCAUGCUAGGCAAGCGCUCUACCACUGAGCUAAAUCCCCAACCCCCUGCCUAGCCUCUGAUCGUUCAUUAUUUGCAGGUAUAAUCAAAGUGACAAGAAUUGCAGUGGCUGAGGCUGGCCUUGAACUCCUGUUCAUCCGAGCCAACCUCCCAAGGGCUGGGAUUAUAGGCAGUGUGCCACCAUGCCUGGCUUAAUAUUACAUAAUUUCUUUCCUGUGGUACUGGGGUUUGGGCCCAGGGCUUCAUACAUGGUAGGCAAGCACACACUCUUCAGUCAAGGAGUACCAUGAUGUCAUGGUAACCUGGCCUCUGAAAUCAGCCCUGGGACUUGCUGCUAAAGCCACUGUGGCACAGAGAUUGUGGUUUGUGGUCCCAGCUCAUGGGAAAUGCUGGUCUGUUUUAGCUGGGAGUCACUUUGAUUCACCUUCUUCCAAACAGGAACUCAUUUCAAGCUAGGGAAGUUUUCAGGACUGGCUAAAAACUCUACGUGCAAAUUGUUUGGCACGGUGUUCAAUGUGACAAAAUACAGUAACACUGUUGGCUGAAGCACAGCCAUGAACCCGAGAGCCCAGCUCCUCUGCUGUUGUCAGGCACAUCGCUGACAUAGAUGCCCUUGACUUCAGCCUCCGCCUUUAUAGACAUGGGUCACUGAGCCAGCACUGUCAAGAACGAUGUCUGUUCUCUGUUCUUUAUUCUGUUGCUCUUAGCUCCUUGGUUCCUUCACCUCCCUGAUUCAACUGCUUUCAGAGCUCAGUGGUGCCAGGCCCGGGGUGACCCUGACUACUGUGGACUCUUCCUUUCUCCUGGCUGUGCUACCAAGCUCUCCUCCUCCCCUGUCAGGCCUAGCACCUGGAGCUGGGUGCUCUUCAGGCUCAAACCCCUACAGCAACUCCCCAGGCCCUUCCUGUAAGCCCCAAGAUCACUGGGCCUUGUCUCUGGCCUUUCUGAUGCCUAGCCUGCAGCUCUGACUUCUGACUGCCUGGAUUCCCCGCUGCUAUCCUCAGCUCUCUUUAAAACUUCUAUUCCUUCCUUCCUUCCUUCCUUCCUUCCUUCCUUCCUUCCUUCUUCCUUCUUCCUUCUUCCUUCCUUCCUUCUUCCUUCCUUCCUGCACAGCCUAUGCUAAUGUCAACUCGCUAUGUAGCUGAAGCAGGCCUCCACUUCUGUAUGCUGGAAUUGUAGGCCAUUAUGCCUGGUUUUUCUUUUCAAGCAAAGUUGGAGUUUAUUAGGAAAAGCAUUUGCCUUGACUCCAGGAAGAUGUACAACUUAGCAGACCCUUGUGGCACCAGCUCAAACCGUGGGUUAGUCAAUGGUGGGUGCAGGACCACACCUCGGCUGUUUCAUUUAUGUCACUCUUACCUUCUCUUUAAACUUUACCCUCAUUUCAGGAUUGGAAAUGUGGACUCAGGGGUGUUACUCUCUCACUUUGUUCCUCUUUUCUUUUCUUUUUCCUUCCUAUUCAGAGUUCUUGAGACAGCAUCUCUCUCUAGCCCUGGUUGUCUUGGAACUCACCCAGUAGAUAGAGCUGACCUUGAACUUUCCUCCUGCCUCUGCCUCCCGAGUGCUGGGAUUAAAGACAGGCACAACCAUGCCCAUCCAAGCACUUUGUUCCUUUCUCAAUAUGGCCACCUUGAAUAAAUCCUUUUUGCUUUUUAAUGUUAAUAAAGAAAGGCUUUUGCAGGGCUGGAGAGAUGGCUCAGCGGUUAAGAGCACUGACUGCUCUUCCAGAGGUCUUGAGUUCAGUCUUUUUCUUUUUUUUUUUUUUCUUUUUUUUUCUUUUUUUCCGGAGCUGGGGACCGAACCCAGGGCCUUGUGCUCGCUAGGCAAGCGCUCUACCGCUGAGCUAAAUCCCCAACCCUGAGGUCUUGAGUUCAAUCCCAGCAACCACAUGGUGGCUGGCUGACAACCAUCUGUAAUGAGAUCUGGUGUGUCUGAAGACAGCUACAGUGUGCUCACAUACAUUAAAUAAAUAAAUUUAAAAAAAAAAAGGCUUUUGCAGCAGAAGAUAGCUCGGCUGGAAAAAUACUUGCCGCCUAAGCGUGAGGACCUGAGUUCAAUUCCUAGCACCGGUCUAAAAAGCCAGCAAGGUAGAUGCUUGUUAUCUGAGCACUGGAGAGGUAAUCAGGUCCAUCUAGGAAGGGCUUACUGACCAGCUAGCUGAGCCUACUCAGUGAAACCCAGGACCCUGUGAGAGACCCUGUGUGGAAAAUACAAGGUGGAUGGAUACUGUCUUCCUCGUGCACACACACACACACACACACACAAACACAUGGACCUCGGCCUCUACACACACACACACACACACACACACACACACACACACACACACCUGCACAUUCACUCUUCUAACUAUAUAUUAAAGGGAAGCUUUUAAGGCAGUUUAGUGCCAUUGAGUUUGUGGCCAGACUGCCCUACACAGAGUGAGUGGGAAAGGUUUAAAUGACUUCAGUAUGAGCAGUAACACAGAGACCGACACUUGAGAAGAGGACAGCAUAUGCCCAAGUGUGGGUGUGGAUUCUCCAAAGUUGUGGGGUUUUUUUGUUUUUGUUUUUGUUUUUUUUUUUUCAUUUUGAGGUCACCUCUCACUAAGUUGCAUGUGCUGACCUCAAACUUUCCAACACCUUUCUUAAGCUUCUCGAGUGGCUGUGACUCUAAGAGUUAACCACCAGGCCUGGCUUGCUUCUUUGUUUUUGUUGGGUUCUGGGUUGCCACGCUGUCAUAUCUGGAGCUACUGAGUGUCAGGCAGUCUUCUCAGCACUGCUCCCCCCACCCCCCAUGAGGUCGACAGUUAGAGGAUCAGUUAAAUUUGAGCCUCAAAGGCUGACAAAUACUGGAUGUCAAAGUCCUGGGGCUACCUUUUCACAUUUGUCAGUUAAAGGGUUCACACCCAUGUUUUCCCUGAUUAUCAACCCUUUAUUCAACUUGAGUGUGGGCAACUUGGAGAGAACUUGUCUCAAAAUAACCCAACUAGGCAAGGUAUUUCAUAGGUGUAGCCACAGCGUUGGCAAACACGGUGAGAUUGCUAUGAGUUUGGGAUCAGCCUGGGCUGAGUGAGUGUGAUUGAGACCCUGUUUUGAAAAACCAAAAAUGAAAUAGUGUUAUGUCACUUUUCCUGGCACAAUAGGAACAAAUGUCUGUUUACUCCAGAUGGGGUCCCAGAGACAGACCAAAGUAGGAUUCCAACAACAUCCAAUUUAGUGAACCAAGAAGUUCAUUGGGGUUUCUUAUAGGAACAUGGGUGACCCAAAAAUACUGCAGCAUAGGUGACAACUCUUGAAAUCUGAAUUACUGAAGUUCUCUGUACUGUUAGGCACCUCAGCUGGUGUGUCUUCUCAGCCUUCUAAUCCUGGCAAGGGGCCUUGUGAAUUCUAUCAGUUUCAGGAACUUCCUCUAGUGAGUCAUAUUUACUUUCUCUUAAGUGGGUGGAGAGAGGGGGCAAUAUUCUCUCUCUCUCUCUCUCUCUCUCUCUCUCUCUCUCUCUCUCUGUGUGUGUGUGUGUGUGUGUGUGUGUGUGUGUGUGUUAGGGUGUUUAUGUAGCAGGCACAAGGCACAAUUUCCAGCACUGCAAAAUAAAACCAGGAUCUCCUGUAGUUUCUUUCUUUUUUUUUUUUUUUUUUUUGGAGCUGAGGAUUGAACCCAGGGCCUUGUACUUGCUAGGCAAGUGCUCUACCACUGAGGUAAAUCCCCAACCCCUGUAGUUUCUUAAUGUGUGUAAUAGGACUGCUACAAAGAUGUUCACAUUCACAAAAGGCCAACUGGGCUCUGGGUUCUGUGCUUCUUAUGAAGCAGUGGCUCUCAACCUGCAGGCCAUGACCCCUUAGGGGUUGUCAAAUGACCCUUUUACAGGGCUUGCCUAAGACCAUCAGAAAAGCAAGCUACAUUACGAUUCCUAAUAGCAACAUUACAGUUAUGAAGUAGCAAUGAAAAUAGUUUUAUGGUUGGGGUCAGGACAGCAUGAGGAGCUGUGUUAAAGGGUCGCAGCGUUGGGAAGGGUGAGAGCCAUUGUUCUGGAGGCACAGUCAGGUUUGAGCUACUGGAAGCCUCACAAGGCUGAGCUGAGCGUGGCAACACUGGGUUUGAGCUUCAAGCUUUUCAACCCCUACCCCGUAUCAAAAUUACAGCUUUCCUUCUUUCCUUCUUUCCUUCUUUCCUUCUUUCCUUCUUUCCUUCCUUCCUUCCUCCCUCCCUCCCUCCCUCCCUCCCUCCCUCCCUCCCUCCCUUCCUUCCUUCCUUCCUUCCUUCCUUCCUUCCUGGUUGUUGUUUGUCUUUUAAAUCAGGUAUCAAUAUUCUGAGACCUCAAACUUUCCAUGUAAGAGAGCAUAGCUUUGAACUCCUUGAUCGUCCGGAUACAAGCAGAAUGGUUGGGAUUCUAGGCAUGCCGCCACCACACCUGAUUUCCAUGACGCUGGGCAUCAAACCUAAGGCUUCAUCUAGGCAUGCAUUCUACCACCUGAGCUCCAAGUCCAGCCCUUCCACUUUAGAUCUGAAACCUGGCAAGGGGCCAGGGAAGGACAGCGUCCUAGGCAACUGCUUCUGUUAGUGCUGUUUGGUUUUUUUUUUCUUUCCCCUCUCUUCUUCUUCCUUAUUUAUGUGUGCGUGUCCCCAUUAUUGUGGAUGAAGAGAGGAAUUUUCUCCUACAUUGCUUCCUAACCCCACAGCAGCUGCAGCCUCAGUUCUCACGCUCCUUAAAGGAGCAUUCCCACAGAUGGAGCCAACAGGUAGUCGAGUUUGUUUCAAGUAGGUAAGUGAGCAAAACCAGAUGCUGCAGAAUGGAGGGCUAACCGAGCAGGGCAGCAACGGCCACGCCUGCCUCUGGUGUUUCACCUUCAAAGUCUGGGUCCACCAUUUCUCUUCCCCUGACCAGGGCCUGUCUUCUUAGAAGGUGUCUUUAUCCAUUAUUCAGUAUGUUAGAAUUGAAUGCUCGAGGAGUUACACAGAUAUAAAUAGCACAGAGGUGAGAAGUUAUGGGGAGGGUUUGGCAUGAGGUCCCACUGAGGGGGGUGGUAGUUUCUUGGGAUGAGGUCCCACUGGGAGGGGUAGUUUCUUGGGAUGAGGUCCCACUGAGGGGGGGUAGUUUCUUGGGAUGAGGUCCCACUGAGGGGGGGUAGUUUCUUGGGAUGAGGUCCCACUGAGGGGGGGUAGUUUCUUGGGAUGAGGUCCCACUGAGGGGGGGGUAGUUUCUUGGGAUGAGGUCCCGCUGAAGAGGUAGUUUCUUGGGAGUCUGCUAAGAUAGACUUUGUUCUUUGUUUAGAGUCCCGUCCUUCCUUCUUAUCUGUCAAACUAGAUUGUUUUCACUAGUGACCUUGAUAUUCCUUUAACUGUGAUGCCCACUGCCCCAUCAACCUGCCUCUACUUAAUUUGCAGCUCUUUUGUGUUGGUUUGAGUUUUAAUUAUUUCACUGGGCAGUGGUGGUACGUGCCUUUAAUCCCAGCACUGAAGAGGCAGAGGCAAAUGAACCUUUGAAGUUCAUGACUAGCCUGGUCUACAAUGCAAGUUCCAGGACAGCCAGGGCUACACAGAGAAACCCUGUUUCGAAAAAGAAACAAAAGGUUUUAAUGAAUUGUGGGUGGGAGUGGGUGUGUGGUAUGUAUGUACAAGAUGUAUGCAUGCCUGUGCCCCAGACUGGGAUUACUAUAACUAGUUAAAUUUUUUAUUUUUAAGGAUUUAUUUAUUACUGGUAUGUAUGUAUACAUAUAUAUGAAUGCCUAUGAAGGUCAUAAAGGCAUUUUAUCCCCUGGAGCUGGAGUUUCAGAUGGUUGUGAGCUGGGAAGCAAACCUAGGUCCUCUGCAGGAGCCACAAAUACUCUUAACCCCCGAGCCACCCCUGCCAGUUUUAUUGUUUUGAUAUUUUUUGAAAUGGAGUCUCAUUGUGUAGAAGGCGGGUUGGCCUUGAAACUGUCUUUUAGUCUUUGCUUGUUUUACCUCAUGCUAGAAGUAGUUUUGUGCCACUAUACCCAGCCUGAGUAGGUUUAGAGUUACCAAAAUAUUGCCAGGGUACUACAAAGUUACCUUGUCUCCCACGCCCAGUUUUCCUUUGGCUAGUCUCUUAAACCAGUACAAAGUAACAACUGUUACAAUAUUUGUUACAGUGUAUCAAUGAAGUAGGUCUUAAUCAAAGCCCAGCAUUUAUUCCAGUGACUUGUUCUUGAUGUCCUCCCCGACUCCCUCUAGUGGUCUUCACAGUCUUCAGUAGAAUUUCCGGGAGGGCAGGUGAGCUUCAGAAUUUAUUGUGUAGUUAGUGGCGGUUAGCCUUGACCGCUGAUCCUUUUGCUUUCCUUUGCAAAUUCUGGAAGUCUAGGUGUGUAGCCACACCCAACUUUCUCCGUUCUAGCCAGUGUCAUGUUACAUUUGUGUGGUCAAAUCUGACCUGAAGCUGAAGUUCACCCCUCUGCUUCUGCCUCUCUGGUCUGUAGCAGUUUUCUGUGUUUCCCUGAUAAUCCUUAGAAGGGUUUUGUUUUGUUUAAGACAGGUCUUAAUGUACCCAGGCUGGUCUUGAACUUUUGAUUUUGCCUCCUCUUCCUAAACCCAGUUUAUGUGGUACUGAGGAUAGAACCCUGGUCCUUGUGCAGGCUUAGGCAAACAAUUUACUAACUGAGCAGGAUCUUGAAAAGGGUGCGUGUAUGCAAACAUGUAUUUGAGACAGGCUACCAUGCCCAUUUUGCAUACAUCAUUUAGAUGUCAUAUAAGGCCUUUCUUUUAUCCAGCAAAUGUUCAGAAUAACACCACAAAUGUACCUUAAAUUUCCAUAGAAAAAGUUCUAAGCUAUCCGGUUGCUGUAGGAAUGACCAGCUCAUAUGGUGCCAUCUUGUGGCAAGUUGCAUAACUAUAACUAAUACAUUUCCUUACUGGGUAAGCAGUUAAUUCUUUUUAGGGGGAGGGACAGAGUUUGCAACAGGCUAUCUAUCCAUAAGACUCUUUUGAGAAGAGUUCACUGUGUGGGACUAGCUGCUCUGGAACUCACUAUAUAGUUUUUGUUCGUUUUGCUUUUGGUUUUUAAAAACUGGGCACAGUGGUACAGAACUUGAGUUGCUGAGGUAGGAGGACUAUCAAAAGUUAGUGACCAGGUGGGGCAUGAUAGUGCACACCUUUAGCCCCAGCACUUGGAAGACAGAAGUAAGCAGAUCUCUGAGUUCAAGACCAGUCUGAUCUACUUACUGAGUUCCAGGUCAGCUAGAACUACAUAAGAUACACUUUAUUGUCAACUAUUUUAAAUUUGUAAAAUUUUUUUACUUUUAUCUGCAUUUAUUUUAUGCUGAAUUUAUUCCCAUGCUGCACAUUUUUGUUUCUUCAGGGAUAUCUUUUCUUUCUGUGCAACCUCUUCUGGCUUUGGGACAAUUUAUUUCUUUACCGUGAGGAUCAUAGCACAGUGUCAUGUACAGGUUAAUCUGGCCAUGAGCUCUGUAAAUCUGUCGCCUUGUCUGAGGCACGUUGUUCACCUGGAUAUGUUCCGUGACUAGAGAAUCCACAUCUAACUCCUAAAUUCAGAACUACUCUCCACAUUGGUAAGCAUGUGCUGCAAAAAUUCAGCACUCUAUUUUGGCCACUGACCCUGUGUCCAGCCCCACUGUUUGGCCUGGGGGUACCUACACUCCAUCAUUAUACCACCAGAAUGGCCGGCACACACUGCUUCUUUAUAGUGACACUUUUCAGACACUUGGUGACUUCCCAGACAUGCAUACCCUUGACAGCCUGGCUGUUUCACCAGUGUUCUUAAACUGAGCACGAAGAUUUGAACCUCUUGAUUUGCAUGAUUUUGUAGGAGUUUCUGGGUCAAUAGAGGAGCAAACCAUCUUCACGGGUCACCUCAGAAUGCUUACAGGAAGAACUGUUUUUAUCUCUUAAAAUAAUCUGGAAUCUCUUUCUUUUUUUUUUUUUUUAUUUUAUUUUUUUUUUUUUUUUGGAAUCUCUUUCUUAGUUUUAUUUAAGUGUCUGACUGUUUUGUCUCCAUGAGCAUGCUUGGCGCUCUCAAAGAUCAGAAGAGAAUUGUAAACUGGUAUGUGGUUGCUGGAAACAGAACCAAGGUUAUCUGCAAGUGCAUCACUUUUUUUGUUUGUUUCUUUGCUUUUGUUGUUGUUUUUUAAGAUUUCCUUUAUUUAUAUGAGUACAUUGUAGCUAUCUUCAGACACACCAGAAGAGAGCAUUGGAUCCCAUUACAGGUGGUUGUGAGCCACCAUGUGGUUGCUGGAAAUUAAACUCAGGACCUCUAGAAGAGCAGUCAGUGUUCUUAACCACUGAGCCAUCUCUCCAGCCCAAAGUACUAGCCUCCCCUCAGGGAAUCGAACUCUGGUCUCCCAAGAGAAAAGCAGGGAUACUCACCACUGUACUAUCACAACACGUGUCCUUAAUUCAUGGCAGGAUCUCUGUGUAACCCUGGCUAGGCAGGAACUUCCAGGGAAAUGCUUGCCUCUGCCUCCUGAAUGUUGGGAUUAAAGAUUUAUUGUACAUUAAUAUUGUGUACAAUAUUGUACUAAUGUUGUGUGCCAUGGUGUACAUGUGAGGUCAGAGAAAAAUCUGAGGGAGUCUGGUCUCCCCUUCCACCAUAUCAGUCCCGAGAAUUAAAUUCAGGUUAUUAGGCUUGGCAAACAGGUAUGUAUACCCGCUGAGCCAUCUCAUGAGCCCCUCAUUCUCUUUCUGAUAAUGUAAAAUUAGAUGUUAGGAAUAGCAUCUCCCUGGAUAUAGUGGUACCUGCCUGUAAUCUCAGUGCUUGCCCUACAUGGGCACAGGAGGAUUUCUAUGAGCUCAAGGCCAAUCAGGGCUACUUGGCUUUCCCCAAAACUAAAACAUUCCCUCUGCUCACAGAAAAACAGCAGACAAACAAAAACUGGUAUGUGGGAGCUGGGAACUGAACUUUUGUCCUGUGGAGGAGCAGGGUGUUCUUAACUACUAAGCCACCUAUUAGUCUUGAGAUGAUGAUGAUGAUGAUGAUGAUGAUGAAGAGGAAGGGGAUGGAUGAGAAUGAUGGUGAUGAUGCAAGGACUUGAGUCCAGUUCUGAGCUCUCACAUAGGGCCAAUUACAGCAGUCAAAAGCUCUAGCUCCAGGCUAAUGCCCUCUUCUCUGGCUUCUCAAAGCAUUUGCACUCACAUGCAUCAAUCCCAUCCCCAAUAAUUAAUGGAAACCUUGACAUUUCGAGGCAGGGUCUUACUAUGAAUCCCAAUCCGCCAUGGAAUUCUUAGUCCUCUUGCUUCGGGAUCUGCAGAGGUGGGUUACAGGCGUGCAACCUGUACACCUUCCGUGAGCAGUUUCCUGUGGUUUUCUAGUCCUACACGGGCUCCAAUUACUCCAUACGAGAAAUUAUAAGUCCCACGUUUAUUUAGAUAUAUACCAUGUACAGGUGACAUUAAUAAUUUGAAGUCACAGUUCAAUAAGAACUGUUUCCGUAAGAUAAUCCAAGAUUGUUUCAGUUUUGAAGAUGUGGAUACAGAAGUCAGCCCAUAGUUACAGAAGUGGAUAUUCUAAUGUGAGGUUAUGUGACUCAAAGCUUCUUGAGUGCACCUUUUUUUUUUUGAGACAAGGUCUAGCCUGCUUGCAGCAAUCCCCCUGCCCCAGCUUACGGAGUGAUGCAAUAACAGACCUGUCACCAUACCCUGUUUUGUGCUCAACCUUUACCAAGUUCUGUUUUGGGCCUUUAUUAGCAUCUCGGAGUCCGGCAGUGGCGGUACAGGCUUUUUUUUUUUUUUUUUUUAAUUAACCCCUAGCAUUUAUUAGCAUCACAUUUCAUAACUUUAACACUAGUAAAUUUGGGGACGAGAAAAAAAUUUUAUUGGGGAAAAGGGUUGUCUUAUGCACUAUAAGAUGGUCAUCAGCCGGGCUGGGGAUUUAGCUCAGUGGUAGAGCACUUGCCCAGCAAGCGCAAGGCCCUGGGUUCGGUCCUCAACUAUCUUGCAUUUGUCUGAGAAGGUGGUUUAUCCGGUGAGUAAGGUAGGGGUCUGAGAAGGAGAAUACUGGCUGCUCAUCAGAAGGAGUGGGUGGUAAAGGCAGAGGACCAGGAGCUUUUGCAGGAGGAGGGGUUUCUGGAGUAGCUGGUUUCUGAAGAGAUUGCUCCUCCAUGUUCGCUCUCGUCCAAAGGCGCGGCACAGGCUUUUAAUCCUGCUCAGGAGGCAGAGGCAGGCAGCUCUCUGAGUUUAAGACAGCCUGGUCUACAGGACGAGGUUUGGGAUAGCCCGGGCUACACAGUGAAAUCCUAUCUCAAAAAACAAACAAGGGUUGGGGAUUUAGCUCAGUGGUAGAGCGCUUGCCUAGCAAGCACAAGGCCCUGGGUUCAGUCCCCAGUUCCGGAAAAAAAAAAAAACAAAAAACAAAAAAACAAACAAUAAUAAAAUGAAAAGUCUAGGACAGUGUUUCUCACCCUACCUAACGUUGCGACUCCAAUGUGGUGACCCCAAAACAUAAAAUUAUUUUCGUUGCCACUUCAAAAGUGUAAUUUUGCUAUUCUUAUGGAUCAUAAUGUAAAUAUCUGAGUUUUCCGAUGGUGAAGGUCGCAGGCAACCCCUGUGAGGGAUUAGGUUGACUUCCAGAUUAAGAACUCCCAGGUUGGGGCUGGGGAUUUAGCUCAGUGGUAGAGCGCUUACCUAGGAAGCGCAAGGCCCUGGGUUCGGUCCCCAGCUCCAAAAAAAAAAAAAAAAAAAGAACUCCCAGGUUAAGAACUGCUGGUCUAGGAAGUAGGAACACAGGAAAGAGAAGAGUAAAGCAAGAUCAAAGCGUAUGUAAAUAAAGCCCUUUGACUGCCGGGAAGUAAUCACUUGGGCCUUCGGGGAAAGUCAACUUGUUGGUGUUCUACUGCGCAUGUGUGACGCUCUCCCUUCAGCUCAGAACGAGGCUCUUAAAAAAAUAAAAA